AUGAAGUUAGGGAGCUUGAGCACUGCCGUUAUGGCAGGCCUUGGUUAUGUUCUUGGCCAUAAAGACAAGCUGGGAGAGGAAGCAGAGUCGACCCAUUAUAUGGGGCCUGAAGAAGCUGCGAAGGUGGCCCGGAAAAUGGCAGCUUUCGAACGCACACUUCACGCCAACACUAUUGACCGUAAUUCCGGUACACCUGUAUCGUUUAUCGAAUACUUUGUAGGUGCAGACGCAUGCCAUAGCGUAGAACCAUCGAGUAACGGCAGCAUGAUCAUGGUGUUGCUCAAUAUGAGCUCCACGUACCAGAACUGGUACAACAACUCGGAGUUCUCGGUUUCGCUGGAGUUGUCUGGCCACGCCAAACUGGGCAGACCUGCGAUGGCCGCGCCACGGGCCAACUACUUUGGAGAACUAAAACCGAUUAAUGGUUCUAAGGCCCUGGAGCACUGUCUUCUCAAACGCCAUCCCGAUGCCCGCUGGUGGAUUCCAGGUGGGAAACACGACCGAGUGCACGACGGCCAGUGGUUCGAAUUUGAUGUUAGCGAAGUGCAUUUCAUAGGAGGCUACGGUAGCUCAGCUUUCAUUGGAACUAUCAGCGGUGAAGACUAUCAGGGAGCGUUCAAUCACUCGAAACCCCAUCACCCAAUCCAUGGGCCUCCUCACGGUCCACCUCACGGUUCUCCCCACGGUCCUCCACAUGGCCCUCCACAUGGUCCUCCCCAUGGUUCCCCUCAUGGGUCCCCCCAAGACGAACCUUCUCAUGAACCCUUUGAAGAUGAGCCUGAAGAGGCUGGCGAAAAGCCCGCUGAACGCAAGGUUCUAGCACCUGAAAACCACCGUGAGCAUCCUUCUGCAGACCUGGGAGAUCACGACGAGGCCUAUUUCCAGGCCCAUUCCGACCAGGAGACUCACCGUGACGACUUGCGCAAGGAUUCUGGAGCUAAAUCCCACCAGAAGAAGAAGAACAAGAACAAGCACAAAUUCAAAGCCAAGUGCAAUGGGAUGUAG